AUGAAUACCUCCAAGGCGAGCCGGGCGGCACUCAACCCUCUGCUCCUACCAGGAAUUCGCGAUAAGCCCAAGCGGCGACCAGACGAGUUCUCCGCAAUGCUUCAGCACUAUCUGAAUGAAAAGCCCACAUUGGUUGAAGCAAUGGCUAUGGGACGGGAACCGAUUGCAGAGAAGGACCGGGUCGCUUCUCAUUUCAUCAAGGUUGCCAUGCCAGCCGCUUCCAUCAACAAACCAUCACAAUUCAUGGUUGGGCUCUUGGUAGUCACGCUCUUGGCCCGCUUCCUGCAUUUAAUAAGCAUCCCGGCGGCAGCGACAACGCCCGAAGCCGAGCUUGCCGGCGCUGCGUACCAGGCCCAGUUCGUCAUGUCGGCAUCGUCGUCAUCGUCGCAGCUGCCCGACAUCAGCAAUGCGCUCGUGACAGCCGCGAACCCAGCCCGUUCCGGCGGCGAGCACCCGGCCCUGAACCACGUGCGCAGUGCAGCGCUGCACAACUACAUUGUCGAGUACGGAUGGCUGGCGUCGGGGCGCUCGCUCGACGACUUGCCGCGGAACCGCUCCUUCUUCGACCGCUACGGCGACGAGGCCGGCGCGCUCCGCGGCAGGUUGAGUCCCAGUGUCACCGCGUUUCUCGACUCCAUCACCAUUGUCGACGGCGUCGACAUACCGUUUUUCUUCUGGGUCAGCGGCAUUUCGGAGCCCAGCGAGCUCUUCCAAGCCAGCGAUCUCCUGUUCGAAGAACAGGAUUGUGUGUUCGGGGAAGCCGGCGAUGCGGCGCUGAACGCAACCAACAGCGGCCCGCGGUUCUUAACACUCUACCCGACUCUCUCAGGAAUGACAUCGAAACCGGCCGGGCUGGUGUACGACCAGCGGCGCCACGUGGCCGUCGUGGCGCUCGACAUGUUCGACCUCGACUUCUGCACGCGUCAAGGCGACGACCUUCAGUUGGUCAUCAUCGAGGACCUCUGGUACCCGCUCGAGACGGUGCUGACCAACUGGAUCCACCUGAUACACAUCGGCAAGGUGGCCGCCGUGGCGCCCGACGUCGACGACCACCAGGCGCUCGGCGAGAAGAUCGGCCCGUGGGCGUGGCGCACAUACAGCGCGGCCCAGGUGCGUCGACCGCACUUCCGGACCAUCGCGCCGGGGCUGCUCGUCCCACUUGACGCGGCGGCCUUUGCGGCCAGCCAGACCUUCACCACCACGGAAAAAGCCAACAACAACAAUGACGACGACGACGAAGACGAAAAGAACGCACAAACCGAGCCGGGAGACCCCGUUAUCCCGCCGGUGCUGAUUUUCCAGGCGGCCGACGGACGCACGGCCCACCUGGGCUGGAAGAAGUCGCGAUACGAAGCCGUGAGCCCCUUCCAUCCCCGAGAGUUUGCACUGCGCGAUGACCAGCGGGUGCCGGCGGGGCUGUACAGCGAGUCGGUGUCGCGGCCGCAGCCCGACGGCGCCGAGGAGGGGUUCCGGCUCGUGCUGCCGUUUGCGGUGGGCGCGCCCCACGGCAGCGGGUGGGAGGCCAGCGCGCGCAAGAGCGGCGGCGAGCGGCUCGAGCACUGGACGCUGGCCGAUCUAUUCCAGCACGGAUUCAAGCCGUUUGGCGGAGAGCCGUGGCGAGCGCAGCGGCUCGAGCGGCUGCUGGGCCGGUGGCGUGAACUCGUCGAGGACGGUGUGUGGACCGUCGGUCCCGGUGGUGUUGAGGGGUCCAUUGACACGUUCAAGGACGCCAACUAUGGAGAGCAGUGGCGAGAUUACUGGAUUGCGCCGACAUGGUGACGGCCUGGGUUGUUAAAAUGGAUAGCGUGAGUGGUGGUCUUCGUCUGAAUGAAAUGCAAUUGACUGGAAAAAGAAAAGAGUAACUCGCCAUGUUCUCAUUUUCUCGCCUGAUAUUCCUGAAUUUCUCCCAACGUACGUUGUACCCUCAUAGAGUAAUACCGCCGCUCCGACAACGGCCAGAAGCGGCUUCUGCAGCGCUCAGAAC